ACAUGAACGAACCAGACAAUCCGUAAAUAAUAAUAAAAGUAAUUUGUGGAAGACAUUUAAAUCACAAUGAGCACCUUAUCCGGAUUCAUCGAAGGUAUCCCGGGGAUUUCGGUGGACCGUUUCUUAGAUAGAAAUCGAGAGGAAUCCAAGCAAUUUUUCUUAUCUCAUUGCCAUUCGGAUCACAUGUUAGGAUUGAAUCUGUCGGAAUCACUCCCGGGCCCAUUGUACACAAGCACCAUAUCAGCUGUUUUUCUGAAACAUCGUUAUCCUCAGCUGAUAGGAAACAUCAAGACUCUGGACAUUGGCGAACCAACGAACAUUACAACCCAACCUAAGUUACGGGUAACAACUAUUCCGGCUGGUCACUGUCCCGGAUCGGUAAUGUUUCUAUUUGAGACAGACGAUAAUCGAAACAUUCUGUAUACGGGUGAUUUUAGAUUAUCUCCAAAAGAUCUUCGAAAUUUGUUGGCCCUCAGAAAGAUUGAACUGGAUGUUUUAUAUUUAGACACCACUUUCUUUAGCAAGCAGUAUCGUUACUUUCCCCCACAAACGCAGAGUCUGAACAAGAUAGUUCAGUUGUCGCGAGAAUGGCUGGCACUGCAUGAGAGAAAUGUAAUUUCAAUCAAACUUCCUGCUCUUUACGGAUCCGAGUUUCUCUUUAUUGAACUUGCAAACCAAUUGGAGCAGAAAAUUCACGUGCGACACGAAGAGUUGCAAAACUACCGGUUUUUAGCUCAAUUAGAUGAGGCAGUUACGUCGAGGACCAACGAGACCCGCAUUCAUGCUUGCCUUAGAACGAGCUUCAAUCAGUAUCGGAAGCUACCAUGUAGGCCAGAGUUGGAUAGCAUGCAUAUCAGAGUCAUAAAACCUUCGGCUUUGCGGUGGAAGAAUCUAUCCAUUGGUGAUCCUUUUUGGGAACGACUUGGUGAGGAAGGGCAGCAAUUUUCAGUUUGCUAUUCUAAUCACGCAAGCUUCGAAGAGCUAGAAGACUUUGUUCGCUAUCUACUCCCGAAAGAGGUACGAUUCAACGUCACCCCGAAGAAUGACUCCGAAGGUUCGGAAAUGAGAAGUCUGCUAGGGACGAUACUUGUGAACAAUGAAACGUUUGCUAGUGACGUGGAUUUCGGAAAAACGGACGGAAACGACGCAAUCUUGAAGUUCGAGCGCAUCGUUUAUCAAAAAUCAGCUAGAAAAAUCAGUUCGCCACUGUCAGAUGAGGAAAUAAGUGAUGAAGAAAUGGUGUUAGGUCUAUUGCCGAAACGAAUUCGGAGCUAGAAAUAAAUUUGUACAAAAAAUAGUAAC